AUGUUGGAAUCGUGCAUCUUUGAUCAAACAUUGAAACAUAUUGAGAGUUGUGAUAUUAAAAGCCCUAUUGCUUUUUCCUCUCUCCUGUGUGGUGUAAUCAUUGAUCAGUAUUCUGAUAUCCUGAUUGAAAAGGACUUUAUGUGUAAAAGAGCCCCUGCACUUGGUUUUCACUAUAAGCUGUUUCAGGGAACACAUGUCCCUGACAUUGUUAUGACAUCUGCUGAGACAUCAAAUGUAAAAGCUCAUUCCAAGAAAGCUGAUGUUAUAGUUGUUCUAAAAGAAACCCGCAAAGAGCUUGAUGCAAGAAAAAGGACUCUUGAAGAGCUGAUUGCUAGUCUGGAACAGGAGGAGAAUGAAGAACAAAUGAGGGAAGAGGAUGCUGACGAAGAACAGCAUGAUGGUUCUGCAAGAAGCUCACCAGAAGAUGCUGUUGAAAAUAGUGCUUCCUCAGGGGAUGACAGUACCUGA